AAUUAUUAUAACGCAUUUUGUAAUCGAAUUAAAAGACUUACAAGCUCUUAUAUUCUAUUUUAUAUUGUUUCACUAAAUUAAGCAAUUUCUUUUUAAUCGUAGAACUUGGAUUAAAAUGAUGAUAAUUAGAAAAAUCUAUUAAAAACAAAUAUUAUUUUCCAAAAAAAAAAUAACAUAAAAACAUGAAUAGUUCAGACUUUUUUAUCACACCAUUGAGAAAUGUUGAUUUUUUAUCAAUAUUCAAUUCAAUAAGUAUUUUAAGUACAAUUUUCUUUGAUGAUAAAUUAUUGUCCGAGGACAAUCCAUAUAAACCAGUACCAAUUGUAAAUACACUUUGUGAAUAUUUGGAUAAAAAUAAUUAUAGUGAAAAUGCAUCAAUUGAUAUUGUUAAAAAAUUAUUAAAAAACACACAUUUUUAUGGUGGAAAGGAAAAUGAAACACUUGAAAUUAAAUAUGUUGAUGCAGAAUUAAAUAAUAUUGUUACAUCAAUUGUAUUUUCUAAAUUUGGCAAUACAUUUGGUUAUUUAUCAGCAAUAGUGAAUUCAACAAAUAAUUUAAUAUUAUCAUUUUUUAAGAAAAAAAUUUUUACCGAUUUAGGUAAACAAAUAUAUUUAAAUUCUGAUUAUACAAAUUCAACACUAAGUGAAUCGACAGUUAAACAUGUAACGGAAAAAAUUAUUUUCCCCCUAUUUCCAAAUGUUCCCAAAGAUAGUGAUUUAAAAAUAAUUGAUGUUGAUUAUAUUUAUGCACAAGCUGGUUUAAUGUUUACUAGAACUAGUCAUAUUUAUUCCGCUAAUACAACUUUUGAAGAAUUUAUCACAAUUUCACAGAGUAUCGAACAGGGAGUUCGUCUUGGUCAUUUAAAUAAAACAGCAUUGCAAAUUUUUCAACUUCCCGCACUGUUACUCUAUACACAUAAUAAUCCAGAAAUGUUUAAAAAUAUAAGUUACAAUAUUAUUGUAUAUGAUAAAUAUUUUUGGAAUCUUGCCUUUUAUGAUCUGUUUGCAGAUUUAUAUAAGGAGCAUCAAAAUAUUUCCAGUAUACAAAAAAAUAAUCCAGUUUAUAAUUUCGAGAAAGCGCUAUUUGGUUAUAGAAAUCGUUCAGAAUAUGCAGAGUACAUUAUUAAAAGUAUGUGUCCUCAUACUAAUGAAACAAAUUACGAGGAAGAAGUUAAGAAUUAUAAAUAUGAUAAUGAUCAAUAUCAUUGUAAAGCAGAUGGUUUUAAAUUACCCAAUAUUAAUGAAUUAUUUGAUGAUCAAAAUCAUUUUGUAGCUAAUCUUUAUUCUUAUGUGGAAAAAAAAUAUGUCGAAGAAGCAUUUAGCAAUGAUUUAUUAGCCUAUGUAAAUCAAAAAAAUGUUACUGUUAAACCUGUUGAGAUAAAAAAUUCAAAAUCAUGUGGUUUUAGAUGUCAGGCAUUGGUACCACAAUUGAGAAAAGAUACAAUUUUAUUUGAAACAAGUAUUUAUAGUGGAGAACGAAAGAUUUAUGCUUUAAUUCAACAAGAUGGUAAUGUCACCAUACACAGUGAGGAAAAUAAUCAUGAUCAAUUUAUGGAGACAAUUGGAUUAAAUUCACAUAUACAAUUAGUUGUUGAAGCAAAUACAAGAGCAUAUAAAUAUCCUAAUGAAACGAUAGAUCAAUUGUUGAAUAAUUUGGUAAAAAAGAGAAGGGAUGAAUUUUAUAAUCAUUUGAAAACAACAAAUCAUGAUCCAACAUUGGGUGAAUGGAUUUUGGGAUUGUUAAAAAAUUUUAUACCAUUUUAUACAUGUGCUAAGGCAAUUAAAACAGAAACACCGAUUAUUGCUGCUUGUGCAUGUAUUGUUGAUUCAGUGGUAUUAAUUCCAGUUGUUGGUGUAAUGACACAAUCGGGAUUAAAAUUUUUUAAUGCAGCACUAAGACCACUAUUGGUUAAUUUUCGAAAUAGUUUAAGAUCAUUUUCAAUUGGUUCUUUUAUUGGUACAACAUUAAGAAAUUUUGCCGUACAAACAAGUAGUGCAUUUUCUGGAUUAAUAAAUAGAGAAUUAUUCCGUGACAUUGGAGUAGCGAUUCUUCGUACAGUGGAUCCGGGUAUUGAAUUUGCGUACGCUGUUGGUAGAGCUGGUAUAAAAUCAAUUAUUAAAUGUUUUAAGGUGAUUGGAAGAAAAAUUGUUGCUUUGAAAGGUGUCAUUAGAUCGUUAAAUAAUGUGGUACUACCAUCAAUGAGAAGUGUGGGUAAUUUUUUUAGAAACAAACUAUUUGUUAAUAGUUUCACUGGUAGUGGUGGUUAUGGUGUAAAAUAUUAUCGACUACGAUCAGAUACAGUUGAAUUAAGACGUGUUCAAGGUUAUAAGAAUGAAGUACCUGUGAUUUUAAUGAGUGAUCCUGAUGAUAGUAAAAAAAUUUAUCGUAUAUUGGAUGUUGAAAGUGGUGAGCUAACAGACACAACGUGGGAAUUAAAUGCAAAGGAUAUUUUAGUUGUGGAGAAAAAACCAUUUACAGCAAGAAUAAAAACAAUUGAAACAGAGGGACUUAGUGGAAGAGGUUUAAUUAGCAAUAGAUUAAAAAUGAAAAUAGCUUGGCAAAAUAUGCAAGUAGAAAUAUUUGAUGAUUGGCAUCAUUUUAUUGACGAAAGCUUUCUAUCUCACGUGACGUCACAUUAUAUUUUAGAUGAUGUUAAUGUUAGGAAUAAUCUUCUUCGUUAUUUGGAUGAGUAUAAAAUUCUACCGGAAUGGAUUAAUGAUUAUGAAAUAACAAAUUUAAAAGAUUAUCAGUUGUUACGUUAUGAUGGUCUCGUUCAGAAUGUUCCAUUAACAGAACAAGGUGCCGUGAAUCGUGUUAGGGAUUUAUUUAAAAAUAAAUAUAGAAUCGAAAACACCUUAAUGGAUCCAUAUGUAAUGUAUGAGAUUUAUAAAAAUCAGAAAUUAGAUAGUAUUGUCAAUUUUGACGAUUAUUGUUCAAUAGGACAUUAUAUAAUGUUUGGACCUGAAAGAUCUUUACUACAACGUCCCGAGGGUUGGCUUAUUCAAAAUGCAUUUAAUAAAGUUGCGAUGCGAUAUGUUGAUUUUCCUAUAUAUCAGGGUUCUAAAACUUUUUAUAAAAUGAAUCAAGUACCUUUAGAAAUGUUUGAAACAUUAAAACCAGGAGCAAUUCAGGAAUAUGCAAAUUUACAUAGUUUCGAAAAAGAAUUAUCAACUUCAUUGGAAUAUUUGAAUACAAUAAACCGUGAUAUAACGCAUGUUGAUGUUUUAUAUGAAAUUAUUAUUGAUAAUCCAAUGACAGUUGUGGAUUUGGAAAAAUUAAUACCAAAUGUGAAACCCUCAGCAGUGGGUCUACCUAAUACGAAAUAUACUAUUGAAAAUGUUGAGUAUUUUCAUGUAAUUGGAGAACAUAUUGUUUAUAAAGUAACAAUGAGGAAUACUCCAAUUGAUAAAUCGAAAUUUAUAGCCAAAUUAAAUAAAAAUAUUGAUACAUUUAAUAAACAAAUUGCCUCUUAUAAUAGUAUUAUAGAUGAUUUUGAUAUUGAUUUAUUAUAAUUUAGUUGUUUGUAAAUGUAAUGUUAUUAAUAAAAAUUUUUUAUUUCGUUUGACUUUUUUUAAAUAAUUAUAUUGUUAGAGUGAGUUACAUAUUUUAAAUGUGUACUGAAUAA